GCCAGCAGCACAGAGGCCCUGUGGGGGUGUCACUUUUGCUGCUGGACCCAGUGAGCACUGGCUACACCGCCAUGCAGUUCCCAAUGGGGCCUGCCUGCAUCUUCCUGAGAAAGGGCAUUGCAGAGAAACAGCGGGAGAGACCAUUGGGACAAGAUGAGAUGGAAGAGCUCCGGGAAGCAUUUUUGGAGUUUGACAAGGACAGAGAUGGAUUUAUCUCGUGUAAAGACCUGGGCAAUCUCAUGAGGACGAUGGGGUACAUGCCCACGGAGAUGGAGCUGACAGAACUGGGCCAGCAAAUCCGCAUGAACUCAGGGGGUCGUGUGGAUUUUGAUGACUUUGUGGAGCUGAUGGCCCCCAGGCUGCUGGCAGAAACUGCUGGCAUGAUCGGAGUCCAGGAGCUGCGAGAUGCCUUCAAGGAAUUUGACGCUAAUGGAGAUGGGGAGAUCACCCUUGGGGAGCUGCAGCAGGCCAUGCAAAGGCUCCUGGGGGAGAAGCUCAGCCCCCAAGAGAUUGCCGAGGUUGUCCAGGAAGCUGAUGUGAACGGGGAUGGCACUGUCGACUUUGAAGAAUUUGUGAAGAUGAUGUCUCGCUGAGAAAGUUCUGGACACCUCAGUCCUCUCCUGACUGGCGUGGAACAAGC